AUGUCUUUCUUCCAACCGCAAACUAGGUCUGCACCACAGAAGCAAGCUGCUGACCCACAGCAUCAGCCAUGGGUCGAGAAAUAUCGUCCGAAAACUAUCGACGACGUCUCCGCUCAAGAACACACGGUUGCUGUUCUCCGGAAGACGUUGACAUCCUCAAAUCUACCGCACAUGUUGUUUUAUGGGCCACCCGGUACGGGCAAGACAUCCACUAUUCUUGCGUUGUCGCGGCAGCUAUUCGGACCUGAUAACUUUCGUUCGAGAGUGCUAGAGCUAAACGCGUCCGACGAGCGAGGCAUUGCCAUCGUCCGCGAUAAGAUCAAGAACUUCGCGCGGCAGACACCUCGCGCACAAGCUGUUUCGUCCGACGGCAAGACGUAUCCCUGCCCACCAUACAAGAUCAUCAUCCUCGACGAAGCGGACUCCAUGACGCAGGAUGCACAAGCAGCUCUGAGGCGAAUAAUGGAGACGUACGCUCGAAUUACACGCUUUUGCCUCGUAUGCAACUAUGUCACCCGAAUCAUCGACCCCCUUGCCUCUCGAUGUUCAAAGUUCCGGUUCAAACCUCUCGACUCUAUGUCCACUUCCACUCGUCUCGCCGAGAUUGCAUCUAAAGAAAAUGUCCCCGUCACCGACGCUGUCAUCUCUGCGCUCAUUGAUACCUCCCAUGGUGACCUUCGCCGUUCCAUCACAUACCUCCAGUCUGCCUCCCGCCUCUCGAUGUCAACAGACCCUCCAACGGACAUCAUACCAAGCGACAUCGAGGAGAUUGCAGGCGUCGUGCAAUCCUCUGUAAUCAAUAACCUUGCAACCACGUUGGGCGUCGAGCUAGUUUCUAGCGAUGCCAUGGACGUGGACAGUAGUAACGGCGUAAAAGCGAAGGGCUUUGACGCAAUCAGGAAGACGGUGAAAGGAAUCAUUCGACAAGGAUACUCAGCCUCGCAGAUCAUAUCUCAGUUGCAUGACCUCAUCAUCGAGCAUCCUACACUAUCGGGAAGGCAGAAGGCUAAGUGUGCUUUGGCGUUCGCUGAGGCGGACAAAGCCCUCUGUGACGGUGCCGACGAAGAACUCUGGAUCCUUGAGGUUGCUCUGAGAGUGCACAAAGCACUGUCGACAUGA